ACUUUGCGUGUACUAAAGGUAAACAAACCUAGGCUAAGAGUUACUAAAUCUAUAUCAAGUUUAUAGCUAGCAACCUUUAAUUUCUGAAUUACAUAGACUUAAAUAUGAAAUGAGUAAUAUUGAGUUAAUCCAAACAACUCGUCCCUUUACCAUGAAGUCAUGUUAAGUUUUGAUAAGCGAUAUCAUGUUAUAAUAGCUACAUGACACACACUAAUAAUUGCUUUACUGCAAGCACUGAGACUUGUUUAAUUUGGCAAUCGUAACAGCUUGCAUGUUGAAGUAAAAAGUCCAUAACAAACUUAAGUCGACUUUUUUUCUUUCCGGGCGGGUUAUUUGGCUAUAUGUUUAAUCAUGACAACGCGAAAAAGAAAGAAAUUGCUAUUACCAAAUUCAGAGUCUCCCGAGGAUCAAACUGAUGGUAAAGCUGUCAAGAGACAAAUUCAGUGUCGGCCUGAUUCUUCAUCACAGGUCGUUCAUCAAAGUGUGGGUAAAGAUGAGAGUUUGAGCCCUUAUUUCUCAACGAGAGAUGCUGUCAGGUUGGAUUACAGCUUCUUCAACCAGCCGUGUGUUCAGCUGGCAAAAGCCUUUCUGGGAAAGGUGUUGGUGAGGAAGCUAACCAAUGGCACAGAACUCCGAGGAAGGGUUGUUGAAACCGAGGCAUAUUUAGGUGGAGAGGACAAGGCGUCCCACUCGGCGGGAGGAAAACGUACAGAGAGGAACGCUGCAAUGUUCAUGAAGCCUGGAACCAUCUAUGUCUAUACCAUCUACGGCAUCUAUCUCUGCAUGAACGUCUCAAGCCGAGGGGAGGGGGCGGCAGUGCUUCUGCGCUCACUGGAGCCUCUGAGUGGUCAGGACGUCAUGAGGGGCCUGCGAGCAGCCAAACGCAGGGAAGGAGCGAAAACCCUUAAAGAUAAAGAACUCUGCAAUGGUCCAUCCAAGUUGUGCCAAGCACUAGAUAUACAGCGUUGCUUUGACCGCAGGGAUCUGGCAACCGAUAUGGAGUUAUGGUUCGAGACAGACCAAGGAGACACUAUUCAUGCCGGAGAAGUGGUGUCAGCCCCCAGGAUCGGAGUCGAGUCUCAUGGGGAAUGGGCUACCAAACCACUGCGCUUUUAUUUGAGAGGCCACCCAUGUGUGAGUGUGCUAAACAGAGAUGUGGAGCGUCAGAUGAGCACACAGUCCUGCACUGACUUCUCCAUUUUGGGACCACACAUAAUGGAAAAAAGACUAGUUUAAUUAUCAUGUUGACCAAUUAAGUCUUUAACGCAAAUGAGUAUCGAAUGUGUUUUUGUUAACGGCUUAAUAAAAGCAUGUUUUGCAUCUU